AGAGGAGGAGGUGGAGAGCUCCAGCAGUGGAAACCAUCGGAUGGCUGAUGAAGAACCUGUAAGCCAAACCUACCGGUGUGGCUGACAGCCUAUAUAAAGCCCCGCAGCGCCGCUUCAGCGGGUGUCUCUCUCUCGAUCACCAUCUGCAGCCUCUUCCGCCGCCGGUCGACCUGCAGACUGACUUUGGAUUAAGCAUUCCUGUGUAAUAUCAGAGAACAGCAUACAUCAGCAGCAGCCAUGUCUCACGGGUGGGGAUACGGACCCAGUAACGGACCUGACAAAUGGGGAGAGAAUUUUCCUGUGGCCAGUGGGCCCAGACAGUCUCCCAUCAACAUUGUCCCCAAGGAGGCCCAAUAUGACUCGUCUCUGAAGGCUCUGAAACUCAAGUAUGACCCCUCCAACUCCAAGGGCAUUCUCAACAACGGACACUCCUUCCAGGUGGACUUUGUGGACGACACAGACAGUUCCACCCUGACCGGAGGACCUAUUUCUGGAACGUACCGUUUGAAGCAGUUUCAUUUCCACUGGGGAGCCAGUGAUGACAGAGGCUCUGAGCACACUGUCAACGACAUCAAGUUCCCAUGUGAGCUUCACCUGGUGCACUGGAACACUAAGUACCCCGGCUUUGGAGAGGCAGCCAGUCAGCCCGAUGGACUCGCUGUGGUUGGAGUCUUUCUCAAGAUUGGCGCUGCUAACCCCAGGAUUCAGAAAGUUUUGGAUGCACUGGAUAGCAUUAAAACCAAGGGAAAGCAGACCACCUUUGCUAACUUUGACGCAAAGACUCUUCUUCCUGGUUCUCUGGAUUAUUGGACCUAUGAUGGCUCUCUGACCACGCCCCCCCUGUUGGAGAGUGUCACCUGGAUUGUCCUGAAGGAGCCAAUCAGUGUCAGCCCUGCACAGAUGGCCAAGUUCCGCAGCCUCAUGUUCAGUGGAGAUGGAGAAGCUCCAUGCAGCAUGGUGGACAACUACCGGCCUCCUCAGCCUCUGAGGGGCCGUCAGGUCCGCGCCUCCUUCAAAUAAACACUGCCUCGUCUUCGUAGCUCUCUUACCCCUUUGCUUAUCCUUCCCUCCUCUGCCAAACCUUCUUACUCUCAUGCGCUUAUGCUAGCCUUAUUGACAUCAACUUUAUAAGUAAAGACCCAUCUGCUUAUGCUUCCUACGACAUAGACAACCUGGAUGCAUCUUGAAUAAAAGAACUCAAAAAGUGAUUUUUAUGCGUUGACACCAUUGAGACAGGCCCAGAUUUCAGACACUUUCAUUUACAUAUGAAUGAAUCAUUGGCCUAUAAAUGCACUAUAUGUGAGACAAAAGUUUUAUUGUCUUCAUGGCUCUAACUCACGCCACCCCUCACUCAUACAGACAGGGGCAGUGCCACAGAGGGGGGUGCUGCCCAGUCACCAGUGCACAGACACUGAGGGGCAUCUCAACCUCCUCCAGAGGUGGUUUAAACAAUGGUUUCAAUCCAUCUUAAAUGCCUCUUGGAUGUAUUUGAUUUUUUUGAGAUCAAUAGUUUUUAGAUCCACUUGAAGUGACUAAGUGUAAGUGGGGUCAUAGAUUGUGCAGGCAUGAAAUGCACUGAUAGAAUAUGAAAUAUACAUUUUCCACUUGGUCAGACACAGGCUUAGCACAGACAAAGGUCGCCUAGAUAUUUUGAUCUUUCCCAGCUAACACAGGUACCAUGGGACUAGUAGACAAUUGUGACCCUCAUUUUGGCUGUCAUUUAUUAUGCAUCCCAUUUACUCUGGCUGCUCUGUAUGAUCUAUGUGUGCCAAGACAGUCUGCUUUGCAAAAGACAAAAUAUACCCAGAGUAGAACUUCAGAUAUUGUGUUAUUUUAGAAAAAUUCAAUAAAUAUAUGAAUUUCAAUCAACAGCAAUAUACUUUUUUUUUAGAAUUAGUACUUUGAAGGGGAAAAAAAGGAGACUACUGAGGCAACUGUAUAUUAUGGUAUUAUGUGUACUAUAUACUUGAUAUAUAAUUGAGUGCACCAAGCACAUCUGCAGAUUGAGACCUAAAUUACAUGCAGGGAUAUUUAUCAAAAAAAAUAAUAACAAUUCCUUCAUCCUUGGAAAAUCUAAAUAAUUUGCUUGUUCUGUUCUAUCAUAUAUCCUUGUUGGAACGUGAAAGCCUUUAUCCUCUUCCUGAAGCUUCCCUCUGUGCAUUUCAUCGUGUUGUGAGUUGUGCCACAGACAGCUGCUCAGAUUGUUCGAGCUAAUGUUUUUAUUGAUGCCUCAUUUUGUCAGUUUGAGACAAAGUGAUCAUACUGAGUUUGAUUUCAGUGGUAAUUAUAAUUGAUUAGUUGUGGAACUGCUACUUCUAUGCAAGUAGGUUUUUAAAUGUAUGAUCACCUCAUGGUGGUAAUGUUGUGGAAUGUUCUAGUAUGUCGUGAAGGACAGCCUUAACCAGUAUUGGCUGAUGAUACAGGCCAUGUCCAUGCUAAUACAUGCAAACAGAGAGAGUGUGUUGUUUUUUUCUCUAUGUUCAGCUUCCAUUCAUUCUGGGUAAAUGGAGCUUUUUGGCAAAAAUUACUCAGAACCCCACUGACACAUCAGCAUUGCUGUGGUCAAGUCUUUCUGUUAGUGGCUCUACAAGUGUCACAUUUUUUAUAGAAACUAUGACAACUGAACUACCUAUCACCACAGUGCAUUAUACACUGUCCUCAAGGCCUGUGUCUAUACAUUAACACAAGCUACAGUAUCAACAUGCAGUAGGUCAAAGAAUUUCUCAUGAAAUCACUAUACUAUACUUUGUCAGCAAUGUCUACAGGCAUUACUCUAACUAAACUGAGAUCAAUGGUGAGUUAUCAUAAGAGACCAGCACAAUGUGACUUUUUAGCUUUUAUAUCAGUGUUAAAAAAAUGAAAUGUAUUUGAAAAAUCAUCUUUCAGUGUGGCUAUUGUAAAACAGUUGUAACCCUUUAAAGUGUCUCAUUUAUAACUGCUGUCAGAUUACAGAUGGAAAAAUGACAGAUGUGUGAAUCCGUCAUGCCAUUAAUGGAAAAUCAUUUUUAUCAAUAAAAUCUCAUAGCAUA